AUGGUGCACUCAGUCUCGGUCGGACCACACACACAGUGGAACGCGCUGUUGAUUGCGGCGUAUUGGACCAACAGUCUAGGAAAGAACCUCGACACCAUCACCCAAGAGCUCGAGCAGCAAGCCCAGUUCGUCAAGGAGAGGAUGCGGCGGGCGGACGAGGAGAGGAAGGCCAAUAAGGCCCUGCUGACCCGUGGCGCGGUGCUCGAGGCGGCCAGUCAGGACUGCCGACACUGUGGUGGCAUCGCAGCGGUGCACAUUCCCUCGCGCCUGCUCUUUGGCUACUGCCAGGUGUGCGGCAAGCUCGCCCAACGGCGGCCGUAG